CAUUUGCUCUCCUGGAUAAAAAUCUGCUGACGAAAACCUUCACAAACAACAACAACAAACUGGCGUUUUAUACCACCCGCAUCGCCACACAUGGGCGGAGCCUGGGAGCGGCUAGUUCGCUCAGUAAAGGACGUACUUCAACGGAUUUUGACAACUAGCCAUCCGAAUGACGAACUUCUACGUGCCGCUUUAAUGGAGGUGGAGAUGACGGUCAACUCACGACCAUUAACUUAUAUUCCUGUCGACCACGAAGAGGAAGAGGCGCUUACACCUAACCACUUCUUGUUAGGUAACUCUAGUGGUAUUAAGCCGAUCGCGGAACCGGUUACUGAGGGCGUUUUAAUGCGUCGUAACUGGCGAACAUCGCAACAACUCGCAGACGCCUUCUGGAGACGUUGGGUUACUGAGUAUUUGCCCACAAUCACUAGGAGAACCAAAUGGUUUGCGGAUGUUAAAGCCAUCGAAGUCGGUGACAUUGCGUACAUAGUGGAUCCUAAUAACCCAAGGAACUGUUGGCCAAAGGGUAAGGUGAUCGAGGUCCGAAAGAGUGCCGAUGGAAAGGUAAGAAGCGCUACGCUCAAGACAAUUGUGGCAUCUAUGAAAGACCUGCUGCCAAAAUAGCCGUUCUAGACCUGAAGAGCUCGGUACAUCCUGAUCGGCAGCAUAUACCAGGGGGGAGUGUUACGAACGAUCU